AUGGAUGAUAUGGACCCAUUCGAGGCUCGCCUGCUUUUCGGCAGCAAGCUGGACAACCUCACAGGCGCGCAGCCAACCAUCGAACGCGUAUCACAGUACGCCAUAGACCACGCUAGCCUGUCCGACAACCUAUUCGACUGCAUCCUUGAAAAGCUCGAAAAGCUCCAAGUGCCCCCACGGCUCAACCUGCUCUUCGUCAUAGACACAAUACUCCUCUCAGACCACCGGACAGGAUCACACACGUGGACGGAUCUGAUUAAAAAGGAGAUGGUCAGUAUUAUCAAAACGGUGAUACCCGAGAACCCCGGGGGUGACGCCAAUGUGUCGCAGGUCCGCAAACUAGUCUCGGGAUGGCGGCGCAAAAACAUUUUUGGUGCGCCCACUGCCGACAGCAUCGAGUUGCUGCUUGCCAAUCGUGCUGGUGGGAGCGGCGGCACUAACGAUACGGGGAUGAAGCAUCAAGAUAUUCUGAAGCGUAUCGAGGAGGAUCGUGAGAGACAUAAGAGGCAUAAGGAGGAUGUGUGGAUUCGCCCUGUUGAUGAGAAGCCUGAGGAUGAGCUGAACUCGUAUUGGGAGACUACGAGUGACUUUAACGAUGCCGACUGGCAGGAGAUCGCACUAGAGAACGAGGAGUAUCAGCGAGACCGCCGCACGCUGGACGGCAUUCAGUGA